AAACAAGUAAAAUGGGUGUGUCGCAAAAAUGGUUCAGAAUUCUUCGCGGAAGAUUCAUCAGAUCAUCCAACAAAGACAUCAUUCUCCCACGCACAAGUAUUUGCACUAACGAAUGCGAAGAAGCCAUACUCAGGAAUGAAGACUUCAGUUUCCCUACACAAACACCAACACCUGUUUCUGCAAUCACCAAGGAAGAUGUUGCGGCCAUUAAGAUCCAAGCUUUUUUCAGGGGACAUCUAGCAAGAAGAGCAUAUAAAGCAUUAAAAGGGCUAGUGAAGGUGCAAGCUUUGGUUCGUGGGGUGUGGGUGAGGAAACAAUCACGUAUAGCAAUGCAGUGUAUGCACGCACUUGUACGAUUACAAGUCAGGGUUCGUUCAAGGCAGCUACUCGGUAGCUUUGAUAAGAAAUCAACCAUCAACUGAUUUACACAGUAUAGUAUAAUAGUAAUAGACACGUACCCAAAUUCAUUCCUUGUUUUGUCCAAAGUUAAUUUUGGUUUAUCGUAUGUAGACAUUUACAAGAGUGAGUGUUUUUGAUUGACGAGGUUGGAUUUUGUUGUGUUGAUGAGUGCUUGCGUGGUAACUUUAAGUAGGAUCUGUAGAAAAGGUAAUAUUUUGUCACAGAAAAAUGAAGUGAAACUGCCCCGACCCCAUUUUCCUUAAGCAUGCACAAAAUUAACGUAAUCAGUCUUAAGUCUUAAGUUCUUGAGCUUCAUGUAGGUAGAGGUAAUGAGAUUUGGUGUA